AUGACAAGUGAGACGGGGUCUUCGCCCAGGUCCGCACGUCCCCUCACCCUGAAGUCAUCCGGCUCUAUGACCAAAAAGGGAGAUCGCGGGGCCAAAGAGAAGCCGGCAACCGUCCUGCCGCCGGUGGGCGAGGAGGAGUCCAAAAACCCUGAGGAGUACCAGUGCACCGGCGUCCUGGAGACGGACUUCGCCGAGCUCUGCACCCGGUCAGGCUUCACGGAUUUCCCCAAAGUGGUCCCCCGGCCGCGCCCACACUCGACCUUCAUCACCUCGUCCUCCACUUCGGAGAAGCCCAACCAAGACGACCAGCGCCUGUCCGCGUCCUGCAGCCUCAACAGCCUGGAGAGCAAGUACGUGUUCUUCCGGCCCACCAUCCAGGUGGAGAUGGAGGCCGAGGACAAGGCGGUCAAGGAGAUCCACAUCCGCGGGUGGAAGGUGGAGGAGCGUAUCUUGUGGAUCUUCUCCAAGUGUCUGCCUCCCCUCACCCAACUGCAGGCCAUCAACCUGUGGAAGGUGGGGCUCACGGAGAAGACCCUGGACACCUUCGUCGCCCUGCUGCCCCUCUGCUCUGCACUCAAGAAGGUGUGUCUGGAGGGGAACCCGCUGAAGGAUCAGCCAUAUCACAAGCUCAUGGCACAGGACAGCACGAUCACCCACCUGUCACUGCGGAACAACAAUAUCGAUGACGUGGGUGCGCAGCUCCUGGGCCAGUCUCUGUCCACGCUGCAAAACUCCAAUCGCACCCUUGUCUCGCUCAACCUGGCCUUCAACCACAUUGGGGACAAGGGCGCUGGCUGCAUUGCAGACGGCCUCCGACUGAAUCGCUCCCUGAUUUGGCUGUCCUUGGCCCACAACCGCAUUGGGGACAAAGGUGCCCUGAAGCUCGCUGAGGUCCUGCGCCCCUUCGAGCUGACGCAUGUGGAGGUGGUAGAGCGCCGUCGUCUCUUGCUGGAAAAAGGCACACAGGAGCGGUCCCUAUCGCCUUCGUCCUCUCGACACGGAGACUCCAGAACGGAGCGGGAGAAGAGUCAGGGCAUCGGGGCCAGCAGUAUGGCGCUGGUGGACAAGACAGAGAAGAUGCAGUCGCUGAAGAGCACCAAGGGCCUGGGCAAGAGGAAGGAGAAGUCAGGGGAGGUGGUGAAAAAAGAGGAGAAGUCGGGAUCUAGCCUGGCGACGCAAGGAGCCCCUAAGAAAGAAGACUUCACGAAGGGGGGGAAAGGGAAGGUGACCAUCCCUGAGCAGAAGCCCACCAAGGGCAAAGGGCCCAAGACUGGCAAUAAGGAGAAGCGCAGCAUCCUGAUGGAGGCCGAGCUGGUUGGAGAAUCGACCGAGAUAGUCAACCCUCUCUUAGAACCAGUGGAGCAUCGAAGCGGGAAAGUGUUCUUGGCUGGAAACAAGGUCCUUCUGCACCUCAACCUCCUCCGAAACUGCAUCACGGAGGUGGGGCUGCAAGGUUUCUUCACCACCGUGCAGUACCAGGUCCAGUUCUCCAAGCACAAGCACUCUGCCAAGAGCCCCACGGGGCUGCUGUGGCUGUCCCUGGCAAAAAACCGUUUCUCCCCGCAAAACCCCAUGUAUAUCAUGAUCCAGGAGAUGAUGCUGCCCAGGGACCCCGUCAAUAAGGCCAAGCCUAGGGAGGAGGAGAGCUUGUCGUUCCUCUCCUAG